GCUCAUUGGCGCGGCGGCCCCUCCAGGACCCGCACAUUGUUCCCCGCCCCCCGCCUCGGCCACCGCCGCCGCGGUCGCCGCCGCCACCGGGCUAUAAAAACCGGCCGAGCCCCGAAAGGUGCGGAUGCUUAUUAUAGACCAGCGCGACCUCAGCGCCCGGAGCCCGGUUCUCCGCUGCGGCUUUUGGGAGCGAGCUCCUCUCCUUGCAUCCACAGAGGCGUGCGUAAAGCUCCGAGGGCCCAGGGAGAGAGGGAGGACUCUGCGAAAGCUGCGACUAUCCCUCGGGGCCAUGGACUCGGACGCCAGCCUGGUGUCCAGUCGUCCGUCGUCGCCAGAGCCCGAUGACCUUUUUCUGCCCGCCCGGAGCAAAGGCAGCGGCGGCAGCGGCUUCACGGGAGGCACAGUGUCCUCGUCCACGCCGAGCGACUGCCCGCCAGAGCUGAGCGCAGAGCUGCGCGGCGCCAUGGGCGCGGCGGGCGCGCACCCCGGGGACAAGCUGGGCGGCGGCGGCGGCUUCAAGUCAUCCUCGUCCAGCACGUCGUCGUCCACUUCGUCGGCGGCCGCCUCGUCCACCAAGAAGGACAAGAAGCAGAUGACAGAGCCCGAGCUGCAGCAGCUACGCCUCAAGAUCAACAGCCGCGAGCGCAAGCGCAUGCACGACCUCAACAUCGCCAUGGACGGGCUGCGCGAGGUCAUGCCGUACGCGCACGGCCCGUCGGUGCGCAAGCUCUCCAAGAUCGCCACGCUGCUGCUGGCGCGCAACUACAUCCUCAUGCUCACCAACUCGCUGGAGGAGAUGAAGCGCCUGGUGAGCGAGAUCUACGGCGGCCACCACGCGGGCUUCCACCCGUCAGCCUGCGGCGGCCUGGCGCACUCGGCGCCCCUGCCCGCCGCGCGCGUGAACGCGGCCCCCGCGACCAUGCUGCGGCCACAGCGGCCCGGAGACGUGCAGCUCGGGGCCUCCCUGUACGAGCUG